AUGAAGGCGGCGCUCAUGAGCAUGGUGGAGGCUUAUCGGGCAGAGGUGGAAAGCACUGACAGCGUCAGCAUCGAAGAGGACGGCCCAACAGUGGACCUUCGUAAGGAACCGAGUCACACAGGUGAGAAGCCUUUUUCUUGCUCUGAGUGUGGGAAAUGUUUUACACGGAAAUCACAACUUGUUAUACAUCACAGAAGUCGCACAGGUGAGAACCCAUUUCCAUGUUCUGAGUGUGGGAAAUGUUUUGCACAAAAAUCAGAUCUUGUUAAACAUCAGAGAAUUCACACAGGUGAGAAGCCUUUUUCUUGCUCUGAGUGUGGGAAAUGUUUUACACGGAAAUCACAACUUGUUAUACAUCAGAGAAGUCACACAGGUGAGAACCCAUUUCCAUGUUCUGAGUGUGGGAAAUGUUUUGCACAAAAAUCAGAUCUUGUUAAACAUCAGAAAAUUCACACAGGUGAGAGGCCAUUUUCUUGCUCUGAGUGUGGGAAAUGUUUUACACGGAAAUCACAACUUGUUACACAUCAGAGAAGUCACACAGGUGAGAAGCCUUUUUCUUGCUCUGAGUGUGGGAAAUGUUUUACACGGAAAUCACAACUUGUUACACAUCAGAGAAGUCACACAGGUGAGAAGCCAUUUUAAUCUUCUGGAGUAUACUUAUUGCCAUGCGUUGUUCUUCAAGGUUCUUAUCCUAUCUCCUAUGCUUUUUGCAAUAAUACAUGCUACCGCAGGGUGAAAUAAUCAGAUGUCAU